AUGAAUCCAACUCAUCGCCAUGAUCAAAUAACUUUUCCAUCUUUUCAAGAAGUUGAAAUUCAAUUAGAUAUACUUAAUAAAACAUCUACACAGAUUAAUGAGUUGGAGAGAAGAUUAGAAAUAUCUCGUGAUGCUUACCGUAAGGUUUUAUCAGAUCAUUCUGAUAAACUAAAACAACUAAGUAAAAAGCUUGGAAAGUGCAUAACACGUACUCGACCGUACAAUGAAUUGAAACAGAAACAAGUUUGCUACCGAAAGGAAAUUCAAUUAGCUGCUGUUAAAUAUGAAAAUGCUAUUUCAACUCUGAAUACAGCUCGUGAAAAUUUGGCUGAAUUAGAGGUAUGCGUUUUCGAAUCCGGUGUGAGAGAUUCAGAUACGUUAGAGUCUCUCAAUCAAGCUAUUACGAAAUUUAAUAAUGCCAACAGAGCACUGAAUCAUGCAAAGUCACAGCAUGAGAAAUUAAUGGAAAUUUAUGCAGCGAAUGAAAAAUCACUUCAUCAUUUGGAGAAGCGACAUCGUUUUGAUAUUCAUAAAGCCAAGCCCUACUAUACAAUGUACGAUCAUUUUAUGGCGAAAAUGGAGGAAGCUAAAUCACAUGUUGAACUUUGUGCUCAAAAAUUGAAAGGAUGCAAAAUAAUUUAUGCUGAAGCAAUGUCACGACUUGAACAUUUAUCCAAUUCAAUUCAUAGUAUGCGACAAGUCACGAUCAAUGUGUCAAUGGUCAGGUUAAUUCAGAUAAACAAACGAAUCAUUCAAUCAGUGAUAAUGGCGAGGAUGUGGAUGGAUGAUAAUAAUGACGAUGACAAUGAGUGUGAAUAUACUCAUUGUAAUAUUGAUGAAAGUCAUCCAGUCGAUUUAAACAAUACUACUGCUACUACUGCUACUGAUGCUGAUCGGUCAAUCGAUCAAUUAUUAUUCCCUUCUGAUUUAAAUAAAACGCCUAAAUCUACUGACACAAUUAUAAAUUCAAAUAAUUGUACACAUUAUUCUCAGUGUGAUGUACACAUGAAUGCCUAUGCAAGGGUGAAAAAGUUUUCAUUGAUAAAUGGCUUGUUGGAGUCUGUCCACCAGGCUACUAUUGAACUUGAUGCAUUUCAAAAUUCUUCCUUCUUAUCUCCUAUGGAUGAUUUGAAAGAAGAAUAUGCAUAUAUUAAAGCAGAUUCAUGUUCUGCUGCUGCUGCUGCGGUGGCGACUUCUGCUACUACCGCCACCACAAGCACUGCCAGUAUCACUGCUUCAUCAUCGUCAUCAUAUGGUGAAAAUAAUUCAUAUUCAGAAUCUCUAUCCGUCUCGUCGUGUGCUUCAUCAUCGGCAUCCAUCUCACCAGCAUUUUCAUUUGAUGCUGUUACAUCACUUGAUGAGCCUUCUACAUUAUUGGUAAUUAACUCGUUGAGUAAUUUAAAUUUAACCUCACCUACCACUACAACAACAACAUAA